AUGCAAGCCGCCGCAUUUUACGAUGAGGUGUAUCGCGACGACGUCGUCUUGUGCAACGGAGUCCAGCAGAAUCUGAACAGAGGAGUGUACGUGGACGGUCCGCUGCAUUCCAAGAGAGAGUCCGCCGUCAUUCACCUCAAGAAGCUGAUAUCCAAGGACUUGCAGGCUCACAUGGAGGAGGAGACUAGGCAGGGACCGAGAUCCGGCCUGCGCAGCCUUUUCACCACCACCACCAUGACGAACGAGCCCCGCCCCGGCAAGGAGUCGCGCCUGCGCGAGAAGAAGCGCAAGACCAGAGCCGCCCAAGCCAUCAAAAAUGGCGACUCUCCUCCCCCUCCCCCUCUUCCUCCUUCCUCUUCGGUCGCGGCCGGCGUCUCCCCCGACCUCACCAGAUCCGAGCGCAUCACGGCCACGAACCACGUGCGCCGGAUCACGCGCAAGCAGCUCAACGACCUCGAGACCAAGACCAACGCCGAGACCACCGCCAUGAACCACCACAUCGAGAAGGCCACCAGGGAGAACAGGGAUUGGCGCCACCGCGUCGAGAUGGCCAACGCGAGCUUCCGCCAGACGCAGCAGGAGAGCAUGCGGUGCACCGAGCGCAAUGUGCAGAACAUCGCCCGCGGCCACAACCAGCUCCGGGAGCACGUGCUGCGCGAGGGACGACAGGCGAGUACCAGGGCGGAGAUCAUCGAGACCAAGAUGGAGCUUGCAGCUGAGGACGUGGAUGAGCUGCGCGAGGAGAACCAAGCCCUCCGCGCGAAGAACGAUGAGUUGGAGGUCCGCCUCUCCUACCUGGAGGACCUGUUGAAGAAGAAAUGA